GCCAUUAGAAGAAAAGAAAAGAGAAAUGAGAGUACGAUGAAGAGAAAGAGAGAGAAAGAUAACAAUGGAGAAGAUCGCACCUAGUGCUCUGAUACCAUGAAAGCUUGGUUAAUCUCCUUGAGGAGAGUGGUUCUAUUCACACGGCAUAAAUAGCCAAGGUUGUUACAUGAGUAUCGUAACUACAAGAUUUCACAAAGAUUGUAUCUUAUCUACUAAGAGAAUAUUCUAUAUUCUAACAUUGUCUCCUUUCGUUGAUGAGUAUGUGGUAGUGACUCCUUCUCUGAAGUAUUUCAAAGUUGAGGAAUAUAUGUUGAACUACUCUUAUUUGGUUAGACAUAUGCCUGAGGUUGAAGAGGCAGACAUCAAUGUCCAGUAUUAUUUGUUUAAUAUCUUCGAUUCCUUCACAUCUGUCAAACGCCUCUCCUUGUGCGUAUCAUUCAACAUCAUUUCAGAUGAGUAUAUGUAUCAUGAUGGUAUAUUCUUCAAUCGGCUUGAACAUCUGAAGCUAUGUAUACGCUUUGAUUAUUGGUCCAAGUUGCUUUUCCGUCUGCUCCAUGAUUCUCCUAAUCUGCGAGUUCUUAAUCUCUGUGUCUCUUCACUUUUUACAGAACUUGAGGAAUAUGAUCUAGCGAAACUUGUAGAAGAUCUCUUCGAUUCUGAGUUGCUCAUAUUUGUUUAACUCUCAGUAUCUUUGGUGUUUUGGCCUGACAGGUGAAACUUGUAGAUCAUUAACUUAUUCUGUUAUAGACUUAUUAUUCCUUUUGUAUGACUCUCGGGUCCCAACUCCUAAGCUCUACUUUCUCUUCAUACAAUAUUUGGGAACAUUUAGGCUAGCUUUGUGAUAUUUUUAUUAUGUUGCUAUUCUUAGAAAGUUAUUUUGUUCUACCAAAGCAAACACUUCACCAUCGAACAAACACAUUCCAUUAAUGAACUUUCAAAAAUACACUUUUAAACUAUCUCUAGCUCGUGGCAGUGGAAGGAUACAAGGCAACUAAAGCCUAUAAACACUGUCACUGUAUCAAUUCCUUCCAUUAAAACUUUUGUAAUCUAUUUAUCAUUAAAAAAAUAGAACAACUUCAAAAUAUAACUAAGUUUUACUCUAAUCUUGCUACUCUACUUUUUAUUUUAAAAUAGAGAAAUGAAUACAAAACGUAGAAAACAGAGUAUGGCUUGGAUAUGUUCUUAAGUCAUGUUAAUAUUUUUUGUUAUUUUUAAUACUUUCUGGUUUUUCUAACUACAAAAUUUUACAUUUUCUUGAUAGUUAUAAAUUUUCUUUUUUUAACUGUGUUUUAGUAUAUUAAUUAACUAAAUGACUUAUUUUGGUUUAAACAAGAAUUUUAGUUAUUAUUUUGCUUUAUAAUUUAUUUUCUUGAUAACUACCAAAUUUUCAUAUUUUUAUAAUUUAAUCAAUUUAACUAUUGGAAAAACUAUUUCUUCAUAAUAUUGUUUAGUAGAGUUUUGUUUUAAACCAAUAUUAUAAAACAGCCUUUUUAAUCAUAAGUUGCUUAAAUUAUAAGAAAAAUAUAAACAGGUUGGAGAUCUCAAUCUUCAAAACAGAAAUAUAUGAACAAUGUACAUACGAAAUGCCAACUUGGUUUGACUUUAAAAUAUUAGCUCGAGUGGAGUGCUGAGUACAAUGGAAUCUCUGCUACUUUUUAUUCGUCAUCAUCACUUUGUUUGGGACAAUAAUUUACUCUCUUUUUCUGUAUUCUCUGCUUUCUAGAUAUUUUCAUAAUUCGUUGUAGGCUUAUUAGGCACUCAGAUGGUUACUGGUAGGAACUAAUCGAGAUCAGGUGAAUUAGUAAAGAUUUGAAUCUAUUGAGUUCCGCAAGUGUUUCAGUUUGGUUUCGGUUUUGAAAACUGUUUUUUUUUUCAAUCUUGUCAUUGUUUUAAUUUCCCCACAGGAUUAGAAAUAUUAAUAUAAUUUUCUUUUUUUUAAACAUAAAACUAAUUGUUUCCGUCUAAUUUUUAAUGAUUGAUUAUUUUAAUCCUAAUUUUGUGCAGCAAAUGUUUGUUAGAGGAUAAAUAUAUGCAUACAAUAUUUGAAUACUGAAUAUGCCAAUUGCAAAUACUUGAGAAAUAACAAACUAAUUUUCUUGUUAUGAUUUUUAAUGUAAAAAUUCAUGUCAUUGAUUAAACUGAAUUUACAUAAUCAUAAUACAAAGGAUAAGUUAUGUACUUAUGUUCAACUUGAGAAGUUUUCUUCCUUAACUAGGAUUUUUAGGGAAUAUAUUAGUGUUCUUGAAUUCAAAACUUAUAUGGAUAAUAAUGACAAAAAAAUUUUGUUAUUCCUGAAGUAUUUAUAAUCUUUAUAUUUAAUAUUCAAAUAUUGUAUACGCAUAUUUAUUUCUCAAUUAACCGUUGACCGCACAAAAUAAAUAGUCAACUGCUACAAAAAAUAGACAGAAACUGUUAGUUUUCUUUUUUAUUUUUUUUUUUGCUAACCGAGUAUCCUGGCCCCACCGAGAUGGUCCAGACUAGAGACCGAAGUGAGCAAGGACGCUGCCAGGACGUCACCAUGUGGCUCACCGUGUAACGGUCUUCGGUCUCGGAUGCUGCAGCCCAUAUGUAAAUUCUGCAGUGGCCAAGACUCGAAUCCAGGGGCGGGCACUCCAUCUGGAGCUCCUAUACCACUAGACCAAAGCAAUUUGGUUAGUUUUCUUUUUUAUUCAUUGACGUUUUGACUAUUUCGUUCAUAAUCUUAUAUAGUCAACAAUUAAUUAAAGAAUAAAUCUGCACAAACAAUUCGUAGAUAUAAAGAUACUGAUUGCCAAUAGUGUUUAGAAAUUAAAGAUGGUGAUUGCACUAGUUGAUGAAUCAAAAGCUCAUCGUCCUGCUCUCUGCGGCUUGUGUCUUCGUAGACUAGUGAUGUUAUGUCAUACAGUUACUUUUAGAGACUCGUGAAUUUCGGUCAUCUUUAUAUAAACUUGCAAGACAAAAAAGAAACAACUAAAAAAAAGUAAAAAAAUUAUUUAUGAAUUCGUUCUUAUUAUUUAUUGGGAGUCCUAAAUUGCUAUAAGGAGUGGAAAGUAAAAACAAAAAAAAAAAGAUAGUUUACAGUUUCAUUACAAA